GUAAUCCCACCUGCCGCAAUUCAGUUGUGCUCUUUAGCCACGUAUGUUCGGGAUGUUGGUGGCAGCUGAAUUUUGAUGUGCACUCUUCACUAGUUUGACAGCAUCGUGGAUGACCUCUAGUUGAUGCUACAGAAUGUUGUCUGACCUUCUUUUAUUUGGGACGUUACUUGUGAACGCCGGAGCGGUGCUGAACUUCAACCUCAGCAAGAAAAAAGGCAGCAGCAGUGGAUUUGACAGUGACGACCAGACCCCGGCCGUGACAGCAGGAGACAGGAUACGAGAGUUCCUCCUCAGUCUGCAGUACCUGCGCAUCUUCAUAGCCCUGUGGAACAUCUUCAUCAUGUUCUGUAUGAUCGUUCUCUUCGGGUCCUAGCCAGGACUCAGAACUGAGCACUGGAUGUACAUUAUUCAAGACACAAAAUUACUGGAUGCACAUUAUUAUCGGUGGAUUUUGAUAGGCGAAGGAUGUAGCUGGUGCUAGAACUGUACAUUAGCUGCUGCUGUACAUAAUAUGAAUAUAUGACAGUUCUGUCAUUUUUACUGGGGGCUGUGGAACCAACAUAAACAUAAUUUCCAAAACGUACUCAGUAGAGAGACUCCUUACAUUGUUACAACUGCUAUACCCAUUGCUUUGGCAUAGGAAGGACAUGUCAGACAUUGAGACUAUUCGUGGAUAGCAUUCCAUUGUUGUACUCUACAACAUCUAGUUUGCAUAUUAUGAGAUUCAGGCCAGAAUUUAUUCCUAUUGUUAGAUAGCUAUGCCAUUCAUGGCUGAUUAGUUACAUUUAUAGUAGUUUUGAGCAUACUGGUAGCCUCUUUGUAUGCGAGAAAGUCAAUGACAGUCAAAAAUGUAUUAAAACUUUUGUAACCUGUUA